AUGCAGCGCUUGCGGCACUUGGGUGCCUUGUACGCCACUGCAGACUCCUCUGCUUGGGGAGUGCUCAAUGAAGAUUUCGAAUGGAUCUCCUUGAUCUGCAGUGAUCUUGACUGGAUGUGGACGCAGCUUCGAGGUUCUUCUGAUCUUCAAGAUCCCAAAAGGCAUCUUGCAUCAUGGACAUAUUUGAUGUUGCAUCAUAGAAACUACUGGAAAAAGCUCAUCUUGCGAGCUGGGGCUCAUGCGGCCGCGCAGAGAGACAAUCUCUACGACGUGCAGUGUUUCCAUCGCAACAUCCUUUCGCAGCUCCAUGAGCAUGGCAGUUUGGUGUCUCCUCCGCCCUAUGAAACCACACAGUUUCCCAAAGAGAUCUUCGCCUGCAUGGCUUGUGAGAAACGUUUCCCCUCUCGAGGGGGGUGUGGUGCGCACAUGUUUCGAAGCCAUGGAGUUUUUCAAACUGUGCGCAACCUCUUUGAUGGCACUCAAUGUGCAUGCUGUUUGAAGGAGUUCCACAGCCAUGGUAAACUCCAAGGACAUCUGCUACGUGCCGAGUUUUGCAGGCGCAGCCUUCAACGCAAGGGCAUUCAUGUCGCACCCGUCCCGGGCAUUGGUUCCAUUUCCAAUGGGCAUCUCGAACGUGCACAUGAUUGUGUCCUUCCUCCACUUCAAGCUCAAGGCCCACUUCCUGCACCAGGUCGACGAGCUGAACAUGAUGGCUAUGAUCUCAUUCUCUUUGAGGAGCUCUACACGAUCAUGCUGGACGCCACGGGCGUAGAGGAUUGCUUUCAACAUCUCAAACUGUGCAUCCAAGGACGAGUCAUCACAUGGGAGAGGCUUUUGCUGACAUUGCGUGCUCUGCGUGACGAAGCUACGCCAGCCGAUGUUGAGGCUCUUCCCAUCACGAAAGAGGCAUUUCAUUUACUCCUUGGCCGCCUUGAAGAUCCCCACACAUGGCCUUUUUUGACCCAAGACACGGUCAUCUUUGAAGGACAUUGGAACCGAGACGUUCAAGAUCUGGCUGAGUACUGUUGCCGUGAAGCUGAUGCCGCCGACGAGCACAGACUCCCUGAUCAAGUUCCUCGGGGCUUUGGGUGUGAGCGUUAUUUCUUGCACCUUUUUUCGGGCCGUCGCCGUAAAGGGGACUUCCAGUUCUUCUUUGACCGCUUGCGUGACACCAGUGAUGGCAUUUUGAUCCACAUCAUUUCAUUGGAUGUCGUGCUGAGCAGUGCUUGGGGAGAUCUUUUGAAGCCUUCAGCGAGAGAGUUCUGGAAGGAUGCGAUCCGUCGGCGCUUGGUUGCCGGCCUGAUCGGCGGACCGCCCUGCGAGACGUGGUCACAAGCGAGAGAGCGCUCGGUGGAUGCCCAUGGACGAGCUCCUCGAGUUCUUCGAACGGCUGAGUACCCUUGGGGGAAGGAAGCCUUGCGCCUUCGUGAGCUCUUGCAGCUGAGUGUGGGAAAUUCGCUUAUGGGCUUCCAACUUGAAGCAGUUGUUGCCCUGUAUUGCGUAGGUGGCAUUGCACUGACUGAGCAUCCUGCCCCGCCCAAGGCGGAAUCCUCAGUGUCAAUCUGGCGCACACCAAUUUUGAAACUCCUGUUGAGCUUGCCUGGUUUCGAACUCCUUCAUUUGGCUCAGGGCUUGUGGGGCGCGAAGUCUCCCAAACCUACUUCUUUGAUGGUCCUCAAUGCACCAGGCAUCCAACAGGAUCUUUUGCAAUGGCAGGUGACCAAGGAUGUUCCCGUACAGACAUCUAUUGGUGUCGACUUAGCUGGAGGCUGGUCGACGGCUGCCCUUAAAGAGUACCCACCAGCUCUGAACAGAGCGCUGGCACAGGGACUCUCCAAAGCACUCCGUCGUUGUGCAGUCGACGAGACAGUGCAAAUUUCUCAGGCCUUUCGAACUCUGAUUCAAAAGGGCCAGGUCAUCAAGGGCGAAUGGUCCAAGGGCCUGCGGGUGAAAUGA